AAUUCCAAACAUAAAUUUAAUAAUACAAAAGAAGAAUCUAAGAGUACAAAUACAAAUUCUAUGCCGGAGCCGCUUGCUUCAUCAACAGUUGCGUCUACAAAACCGAAGAGAAAUGGCCUAUUACCUUUUGCUUCGCGCAAAAUUUCAGAGGAUAAGAAAGCGCCGCGGAGAGUUAGCAUGUCCACCACAUUACCCUCCACUAAUUCUCAAGGUUCCCUAUCACAAACAAAAGCAACCGAAACUAUGGUGGUGGAAUUAACGACAAAAGAUUCCGAAAAAUUGGCAGCAGGAGUAGGAACAAUUGAUAUUACUAGCACGGCCAUGAACGUAACUGAUAUUAAUAAUAUCAUUGCUCCUACUCCUUCCUCCAUUCCUGCUGCUCUUGUUACUCCGACGGUUACUGACACCGGAACUACCUUAGAGAGCGUCAUUAUGGUUGAUACCUCCAUUGUUCCUACAACGCCAAGCAUGGUCGAUACUGGAGCCAUUACUACUUCAUCAAGCACACCAACAACUGAAACUCCCACGACAACCACUUCCACGUCACCAAGUUUAACGUCAACUAAUUUGUCAGCCAUAUCAACUACAAAAGAAGAGAAGCGACGACGAAAGAGAAAAGAUGAUGUUGCUGAUUUAUCAAUCGUUGUCGCUGAUGGUAUACCAGUUAUUACCGGAUAUCCAAUGGCAAGUCCAAGGCGAAAUAAAGACUAUCAUACAUUGUUCAAAGACGUCCCGAUGACGGAAUAUUUGAUCAAUGAUUACGGCUGCGCUUUACAACGUGAAAUAUUGGCGCACGGAAGGAUGUACAUAUCUGUUAAUCAUUUAUGUUUUUACGCAAACAUACUUGGUUGGGUUAGCUUUGUUGUAGUACCCUUCAACGAGAUAACCGCUAUUGAAAAAAGGACGACGGCAUUCGUCAUACCCAAUGCCAUUCUCAUCACAACUCACCUUACUAAAUAUUUUUUCGCCUCCUUCCUUGCGCGUGACACUGCAUAUGAAUUGCUAUCUAAACUAUGGCACCAUUCCCAGACAGUUUGUAAUGAAUCGGAGUGUCCUUCUGAGGCUGGAGAACAGCCUAAAUGUGAUGGCAGUAAUAAUGCCACCGACACGUCCGAGACUGAUGACGAUAAUGUAAUCGGGGAUGGAG